AUGUCACAACAUCUCGAAAAGCCGUUGGACCAGGAAGCCGCCGCCAAUGCAAACUGGCAGGCACCAGAAGAUGGUUCCAUAGAAAUCGCUUUUCCAGAUGGCGGAUACAAAGCCUGGCUUACUGUGGUCGGUGGAUUGCUGACAUCAAUCUCCAGCAUUGGGUUUUUGAGUGCGUUCUCCGUGUUCCAGAGCUACUAUGGCACGACAGCUUUGCCUACCGAGAGCGCCAGUAAUAUCUCGUGGAUCGGUAGCCUACAAAUCUUUGGUUGCUUCUUUCUAGGAUUAUGGUCAGGGAGACUUUCCGACAAGCGUGGCCCCAGGUUGCCCCUUGCCCUGGGAACAUUUUUCAUGGUCUUUGGAACGAUGAUGGCGUCGAUUUCAAAAUCCUUCUAUCAAUUCGUCCUCUCGCAAGGUCUCUGCUCUGCCAUCGGCUUUGGACUGGUAUUCACCCCAUCCCUGGCGGUCCAAUCACAAUGGUUCCUAAAAAAACGCGGGUUCGCUGUUGGCCUGGUCAUGUCCGGCCAAAACAUUGGAGGUUCGUGGAAAAUGCUAGGAAGGAUUAUCUUCCUUCUAAUCUCUCAGGAGAAGCCAUUACUUACACUGUCACCCAUUCCCGCAGGUGUCAUCUGGCCAGUUAUCGUUGACCAACUCAUUAACAACAGACGAGUGUCACUUGGUUGGACGCUGCGCAUCAUUGGAUUCAUGCAGUUGUUCGUUAUGGUCAUCGCCACACUCUUAGUCAGCCCACGCUUUCCUCAGAUCCCCCGAGAGCCGAUCCCCGUGAAGCAAUUCCUGACAGAUAAACGAAGCUCUCUGUUUACCUUGUCCUCAUUGAUCCUUUUCUUCGCCAUCUACAUUCCCUAUGUGCGUACCAAGCCAUAUCCUGGAGAAAAUUGCUCAUUCCUGGGGCUAACCGGUUUGCUCAUCAAGUUCUACAUAACUCCCUAUGCCAUGCAAUGGGGCGUCUCGCUUAACAUGGCAUUCUAUCUCUCAUCGAUCUUAAAUGCCGGCGCAUUUUUUGGUUGCUACACAUUUGGUGUUGCGGCUGAUCGUGGGCUUGGCACUUUCAAUGCAUUUACAGCGGUCGCCUUCGGCUGCGCGGUGACGGCCUUUGGAUGGAUUGGCGCACGGAAUAACGCAGGCAUCAUUGUGUGGACUAUCAUUUACGGAUUCCUUUCUGGCGCCGUCCAAGCUCUAUUUUCGCCGUGCAUCUCCCACUUGGCGCCGGAGCCAAGCUUGAUCGGUACAUGGAACGGUAAGCCUAUGGAUUUUUCUAAACACUCCUGCAUUCAACUGGGCAUUAACAAUAUUCCACUAGGGAUCUGUUUUACUGUGGUUUCGUUUGCUGUUCUUGGGACUGGACCAAUCGCCGGACGGUUGCUUGACAACACGCAAGGCAUCAACUAUCUCCCCAUGAAACUGUUUACUGCAGUUUUCUUGAUUGUUGCCAGUGCUUUGUACUUUGUUACCCGUCUUCUGGUUUCUCGAAAAGCUGUCAUUUGA